AUGCAUCCAUCCAAAAUAUUCGCCAUCCCGAGCAAAAGGCAUCGUUCUCACCAACUUUCCUUGAGAAAUGCCACAACUAUUUUGAAAAUAGCCCAGAACUACGUAUCAUUGGCUACUCCAACCUUGAAUAAGCUUACGCUGCUAAGCUCCACCCAGCUCGCCAAUCAAGAACCGGCAGUUGGUCCACGCCCAGUCUGCUCACAGUGUAGAAGAGCGGGGAAAUCCUGCGGUGGAUAUCAUGAUAUUUCAUCUUUGGUGUUCCGCAGUGAGAAUGAAAAGACGGCUCGACGGUCUGCAGAAGCAAAAUCUAGGUCGGGAGAGCGAAGGAAGAAGCCGGAUUCCAGUCCAGAUUCAUCAUCUUCAACCUCCGAAAGCAUCUCACUUGCAGUACGGAACAAGAGAUAUAUUGUUCCCACUCCCACAAUCCCUAAGCCGGUCUCAUCGUCCGUGGAGGAUCAGGGAUUUAACUUUUUCUUCUAUCGUUUUGUGAUCUCGGCUUCAGGAAUACAAAAAGCAUCAUACAAUUUGAAUACUUUUCCUUUUUUGGCUCACAUCCCCAAAGAACCUCCCCUGCAAGAUGCUAUUGUAUCAGUUGGGUUAGGUGCCCUGUCAAAUAUCACUCGAGACCGAUCUCUGCAGAUUAUUGCAAGAGAGAAAUAUGGAGCGGUCAUUAAAAGUAUCCGCCAGGCUGUGGGUAAUACUCAGCAAACCAAUCCUACAAAAAUAAUCAGGAUGAUGGUGUUGCUGAGUCUAUAUGAGAUGGUCUCCUGUGGCCCAAAACAAAUUGAUUCUUGGACAGUACACCUUGAUGGUGCAGCAGCUCUAUUGAAGCAGACUUCAUUUAGCAAAGCAUUGACAUCCGAUGCACGCUCGCAGCUGCAAUAUCUCUAUAUAGGCAUUAUCAGAUACUUCUUGACGCCGGAUCAUAUACCACCUCAACUGCUGAACUAUAGUCUAGAGGCUAGUUCCUCUUCCUAUCCCGAUACACUACCAGCCUUUCAAUUGGUCGAUCUGCUCAUUCGGUUUAUGAAGCUCCACUUGUCUAUCCGCCACAAUCCAAAUGUCGAUGUUGGGGCUAUAAUACGCUCAGCAUCUGCUCUAGAUACAGAAAUGGAAAUGUGGGCGAGAACUGUUCCAGGGGAGUGGACCUUUUCCAUGUACGAAUCCAACGAUAUGGAAAAUACGUUCUACGGAAAGUACCUUGUCUAUCAUGAUGUGUGGGCAGCAAGGGAUCUCAACCACUAUCACUCGGGGCGAGUGAUGAUCAAAGAGUUGAUAUUGAGUCAACUAGCUCGGAAACAUUCUAUCACCCCAGAUGACUUGAAUCAGCGACAGCAAGCAUUGGAUACAAUAGCUCGCAUGGCAACAGGCAUCUGUGCCGGUGCUGCCAGCCAAAUGAAGGCUUUUAGCUCUGGGGUGGCAACACAAGAGUCGGGACAUGCACCACCAUUGAAUGGUGUGUUCUUGUUGCUAUUCCCACUGUCUGUUGCUGGUAGUGCAGCUGCCCCAGAGGAAGUACAUGAAUGGGUUGUUCAGUCACUCCAGAAGAUUGGAAAUAGAAUGGGAAUCCAACGAGCUCUAGAGUUGAUCCCGAGAUUGAAGAAGGCUCGAGAAAUUAAGCGGACAUGCGAUGCCAACGAUGCGAUCCAUAUCACUGUCGUGCAGCCCGGCGAAACCAAACCCCAGACUCUUUCAAGCUUUCACCCUCAGUUUACAUAUUCCAUCUUUGGUGACGAGGAACAAAUUUUUGGAUACAAGGGUCUGAUCAUUCGCUUGCGCUUCGCUGCCCAUGACCUCCGUCCUCAUUUACACAUCUCCUACGACCAGAAAUUCAACGCUGUCGAUGACACAGUUGCGGACGAUGUUUUGGAAACUUUGAGGGAGUUUGUGCAAGAAGGUUGGUUUUAA